GAACACUUCCUGUUUCCUAGUAACAAUAGGAAGUGUCCGCGAAGCUGGGGGGUAGACUCCUGUCUCGUGCCAGCUGCGCCCUCUACUCUACCUCCUUCCUUCUCACCCUUCUUCUUUCCCUCUUCCUUCCCCUUCCACCUCCUGGGAGCCCUGGCGGAGUGUGCGAGUGUGGGAGCGCGAGAGCCCCCGCACAGCUAGCCCUUGGGGCGCGCGGCUGCAGUUAGGGUGAGGGUCCCAGUGCGCAGGCGCGCUCCCGUUCGCGGUCCCCAACGGACGCACCCGCGGCGGGAACGAGAAGGGCCACCCGUGCGAGGCCUUGGCUCCGCCACCAGAGGAAGAUGCUUCUACCACCUGCCUGCUCUUCCUGAACCUCCAGGUUUCUGCCACACUGCCCCAUGGAGGAUGCUCCCGCCUCAUUCAGCUGUUGUGACUGUCAGCACCACUCUUCUAGCAUCUUGGAACUGUCAAGGCACCGUGAACUGCUCCAUCCAUCCUCCAACAAGGACAGUCAGGAGGCUGACAGCAUUCCUCAGCCCUACCACUGUGAGCAGUGUGGGCAGGGCUGCUGUCACCCAGGGAGCUUGGUCAACCACCGCUGUACCCAAGAGACUGGCCUUUUCCCCUGUACCACCUGUGGCAAGGACUUCACCAAUCCCAUGGCCCUCAAGAGCCACAUGAGGACUCAUGCUUCUGAGAGCCACCCAAAGGAAGCCACUCCACACCUCCAGGGGGAGACAGUGUCCACUGAUUCCUGGAACCAGAGGUUUGGCCAUGGGGAAAGCUGGGGAAACCAGAAAAAACAUGCUGAAGAGACAUCUGGCUGUGUAUCUGGGCCUGAUUCCAGGACAGCUCUGGACACAUGGGAAGAUCCACCCACAAGACAAAGAGAAGACUGGGAAAGCCAGUCAAAUCCUGAGGAGAGUGCAGAGGGCUGGGAGCCCAUCACCAACUCUGCCAGAGCCCCAUUGCUCCCCACUCCAGCCAGCAGCCUUCUUAGCAAUUUGGAACAAUAUUUGGCUGAAUCAGUAGUGAAUUUUACCGGGGGCCAGGAGCCCACCCAGUCAUCGUCUUCUGAGGAGGAACGGCGGUACAAGUGUAGUCAAUGUGGCAAGACUUAUAAGCAUGCUGGGAGCCUCACCAACCACCGCCAGAGCCACACCCUGGGCAUCUACCCUUGUGCCAUCUGCUUCAAGGAGUUUUCUAACCUCAUGGCUCUGAAGAACCACUCCCGUCUCCAUGCCCAAUAUCGGCCUUACCAAUGUCCCCAGUGCCCCCGUGCCUUUCGGCUCCCCCAAGAGCUGCUCGAACACCAGCAAUCUCAUGAGGGGAAAAGGCAGGAGCAGCUGUGGGAAGAGAAAGGGAUGCCCACCACCAAUGGACACACAGAUGAGAGCAGCUGGGAUCAGCGCCCUAGUACACCAGUGCUGAAUGGCUCUGGGGAGCUGAGCACCUCUGGGGAGCUGGAGGACAGUAGCCUGGAGGAAUACAGACCUUUCCGCUGUGGGGACUGUGGCCGUACUUACCGCCAUGCUGGGAGCCUUAUCAACCAUCGCAAGAGCCACCAGACAGGUGUCUAUCCCUGUUCCAUCUGUUCCAAGCAGUUGUACAAUGCAGCUGCUCUCAAAAACCAUGUGCGGGCUCAUCACAGACCCAGGCAAGGAGCUGCAGAGGACGGGCAGCCAUCUGAGCCGUCAGCUCCCUUGCCUCUGGUUGAGACCACCCACAAAGAGAGAGAGGUUCCCACCACCACCCUGGACCACCGCCCCUAUAAAUGCAAUGAAUGUGGUCGGGCUUACCGCCACCGAGGGAGCCUGGUGAACCACCGCCACAGCCAUCAGACAGGAGAGUACCAGUGCUCCCUUUGUCCCCGUAAGUACCCCAAUCUUAUGGCCCUGCGCAACCAUGUGCGGAUCCAUUGCAAGUCUGCUCGACGCAGCACAGGCCCAGGGGCCCAAGGUCCCCCCAGCCACCUCAAGGUGGAGCCCGACCCAGUGAAAGCAAAGGCAACCUUAUGUACAGAUCAGGGGAAUGAAUGCAAACAUGAAGAGGAGGCCUCUGAUGUCCCCCCAGCGGCAGAUAUGACAGCACCACAGAUAUGUAGCAUGUGCGGGAUGCACUUUGAAGACCUCAAAAGCCUUGAACAUCACAGCCAGACCCAUGAGGAAGGGGAAAACAGAAAGACAGAGACCAGGGUAUCACCUCCUCGGGCAUUUGCCUGCCGAGACUGUGGAAAGAGCUAUCGCCACUCAGGCAGCCUUAUCAACCACAGACAGACCCACCAGACAGGGGACUUCAGCUGUGGGGCCUGCGCCAAGCACUUCCACACCAUGGCUGCCAUGAAGAACCAUUUGCGCCGCCACAGUCGGCGGCGGAGCAGGCGUCAUUGGAGGCGGGCUGGCAGUGCUGGGGGUGGAGGAGAAGCCAAACUCCCAUCAGGCGGGAACUGGGCCCAGGAAUUAGUAGAAAACAAUGAGGGCCUGGACUGUCCCCAGGACCCUUCAGGGGAAAGUCCUAGUGGAGCCAAAGGCAACUUGGAAAGUGAUGGGGGCUGUUUGCAGGCUCAAGCUGAAAGAGACAAAUGUGGGCCUGAGAGGGAUGAGGCCUGUUUCCAGGGUGAUAAAGAGAGCAGAGGUCCUGAGGAAGGACUAGAAAGGAAGGAGACCAGUUUCCUUGACAACUUGGAAAUCCCAGGUGAUGAGGAAAGCAAUGGGACACACUUCCAUGAUGGCCUCCCUGGGGUUGAUGAAGACCAGAAACCGGCCACUAGCCAGCCCAGUGCUUCUUCCCACUCUGUUGAACCUGUCACCAGCUGGCAGGCUGAAGUCUCCCACACAUGUUCUGACUGUGGGCAUUCUUUCCCCCAUGCCACUGGCCUGCUGAGCCACAGGCCUUGCCACCCACCAGACAUCUAUCAGUGCUCCCUCUGCCCGAAGGAGUUUGAUUCUCUGCCUGCCCUGCGCAGCCACUUCCAGAACCACAGGCCCGGGGAGGCAGCUCCAGCACAGCCUUUCCUCUGCUGCCUCUGUGGCAUGAUCUUCCCUGGGCGGGCUGGCUACAGGCUUCACUGGCGCCAGGCCCAUGACUCCUCUGGCAUGACUGAGGGCUCAGAGGAGGAGGGGGAGGAGGAAGGAGCAGCAGUGGCAUCCUCCACCCAUAGUACCCCACUGCAGCUCUCAGAAACAGAGCUGUUGAAUCAGCUGCAGCGAGAGGUAGAGGCACUGGAUGGAGCUGGUUAUGGGCACAUCUGUGGCUGCUGUGGUCAGACCUAUGAUGACCUGGGGAGCCUGGAGCGUCACCACCAGAGUCAGAGUUCUGGGAACACCACAGACAAAGCUUCCAGCCACUUGGGAGAAUCAGGUGAUGCCACAGAAAUGGGUGCAGGUGGCAUCUUUGAGGGCACAGUGAUCUCUGCAGAGGAUGGAGAGACAAAGUCUGGAGAGGGAGUAGGUACUACAAUUGCAGACAGCCUCUGCAUACAAGGUGGGGAAAGUUCUCUGGAGGCUCAACCUCGCCCCUUCCGCUGUAACCAGUGCGGCAAAACCUAUCGCCACGGGGGCAGCCUAGUGAACCAUCGCAAGAUCCACCAGACCGGAGACUACAUCUGCCCUGUCUGCUCCCGCUGCUACCCCAAUCUGGCUGCCUACCGCAAUCAUCUGCGAAACCACCCACGCUGCAAAGGCUCUGAGCCCCAAGUGGGGCCUAUCCCAGAGACAGGAGGCAGCAGUGAGCCCCAGAAUGUGACAGACGAGGGGCUGGGGCAGGCAGAAGUGGAGAAGUUCCAAGAGGAACUUAAAGUAGAGCCCCCAGAAGAGGUGGCAAGGGUGAAAGAAGAGGCAUGGGAGGAGACCACUGUGAAGGGGGAGGAAAUGGAGCUGAGGUUGGAGACUGCAGAGAAGGGCUGCCAGACUGAGGCUAGUUCUGAGCGGCCCUUCAGCUGUGAGGUGUGUGGACGAUCAUACAAGCAUGCUGGCAGCCUCAUUAAUCACCGGCAGAGCCACCAGACUGGCCACUUUGGCUGCCAGGCCUGCUCCAAAGGCUUUUCAAAUCUCAUGUCCCUCAAGAACCACCGGCGCAUCCAUGCAGAUCCCCGGCGUUUUCGCUGCAGUGAGUGUGGGAAGGCGUUCCGCCUACGGAAACAGCUGGCUAACCAUCAGCGGAUCCACCUUGAGCGGGGUGGAGGUGGGGGCACCCGAAAAAUGACUCAGGAAGAUUGGCCCUUUCGGUGUGGGCAGUGUGGGCGGAACUACCGCCAUGCUGGCAGCCUCCUGAACCACCGGUGCAGCCGUGAGACAGGCCAGUACAGCUGUCCCAACUGUCCUAAGACCUACUCCAACCUCAUGGCCUUGAAGGAUCACCAGAGACUGCAUUCAGAGAGCCGGCGGCGGCGAGCAGGGCGAUCCCGGUGUGCAGCUGUCCGCUGUGCCCUCUGUGGCCGGGGCUUCCCUGGCCGGGGUUCUCUGGAGCGGCACUUGCGAGAGCAUGAGGAAGAGACCAAAAGUGGUCAGGGAGGCCCCGAUGGCACAGAGGGCAGCAAGGGGAACCUUGCUGAUGAUGAGGGAUUAAAGGACAGAGUUGGUGGUGCUGAGUCAGUACCCCAGUUGGAGUAUGGACCCAUGAGGCCAGGGGAGCAGAGUCAUAGCCCCGUCAGGUCAGCAGGUUCAGAAGAUACAGAGCCAGUAUCCUGGGGCAUGGAGCAAGCAGAUGGAUGGCGAGACAGGAGACCAGUGAAUCAUGAUGGAGAUUGGGUUCCUCAGAGUCAUGUAAUGACCAAACCAGAAGAAGAGUCAGGGGACAGUAUCCCCAUAAAUCCUUGCCACCUUGGCAACAACCAGCCCAAUGGACCUAGUCUGAAUCAUGUGGAUAGUUGGGACAAUGGAGACGGCAGCCCUCAGCUCCAGCCAGAGAGCCAUCCCUUUUCCUGCUGCCAUUGUGGUAAGACCUACUGCCAAUCAGAAGGCCUUUUGAACCACCACACCAAUAAGGCAGACUUCCACUAUUGCCUGCUCUGCUCCAAGGAGUUCUUGAAUCCUGUGGCCAAUAAGAGUCACAGCCACAACCACAUAGCUGCCCAAACCUUUGCCUGCCAUGACUGUGGCAAGGCCUUUCAGUCCCAACAUGAACUAGCCAGCCACCUGCAAACUCAUGCCAGGGGCCUCAGUCAGGUACCACCCCAGACGGAGGAUGAGGUAGAUCUCAAUGGUCAAGGGAGAGCCCAGCAGGCCCCAACAGAUCCCCUCGGGGCUCCAGGAGGGAAUACUGAGAGAACUAAUGGAAGGCAGGGAGUAAAGUCUACAGUGGCUGAAGACGAGGAGCGGCCCUUCCGCUGUGCCCAGUGCGGUCGUUCCUACCGCCAUGCUGGUAGCCUGCUGAACCACCAGAAGGCCCACACCACUGGACUCUAUCCUUGCUCCCUCUGCCCCAAACUUCUACCCAACCUGCUUUCCCUUAAGAACCAUGGCAGGACCCACACGGACCCCAAGCGCCAUCGCUGCAGCAUCUGUGGCAAGGCCUUCCGGACAGCUGCCCGUCUGGAGGGCCAUGGGCGGGUUCAUGCACCCCAGGAGGGGCCCUUCACCUGCCCCCAUUGUCCUCGCCACUUCCGCCGCCGCAUCAGCUUUCUGCAGCACCAGCAACAGCACCAGGAGGAAUGGACAGUGGCUAACUCUGGUAUGGGGGUAUGAAUGGGAGUUGAAGGAUCCCAGAGGAGGUGGGCAUACAGUGGAGGGCAAAAUCUGGCCCUAUGGUUGUGGGAGAGCAAGGAGUAAGAGGAGAGGGUCACAUGGAUUCCAAGAGGUGACCAGGAGCUUGGGUAUGGAAUGAGAAAAGUAGUUUGAGGAUGCUGCAUUUUGAGUGGCCUAGACCUGAACCACCCCCCCUCCUUCCCCCCGCAGGUCAGAUAUAUAGCAUGGUGGGGGUGGGUAAGGAGUGGGCAGGAGCAGAAGCAGCUAUUUGGGCUCCUCUGCUGUGCCAGAGCCAAAGAGAAGUAGUCUUUGUUUUGGGAGGGGAGGCAGCUGGGUACCAUCCAGCUACAUGUGGAAACCCUUCUGAUCCAGCCAGUAAUGAUUUCCAGAGAAAAAGAUGACCUAGGUUCUAUUCUUUCCUAGAGUAGGCAGGGAGCCAGGGAAUGAGGAAUGGGUUGUGGGAGGCACCGCCAGACUGGACUUUGUGGCUUCAGUGCUGAAGCUAGAGAAACUAGGUCACUGAUUGGCUCCCAGCUCCCUGUUCCUCUUUCCCUGCAUCUGGUCUCUUCUCCCCCUUAUCUUUUCUUGGAAACUAGACCUUUGGUUGUUUCCUACCAGUAUUCCCUCAUGUCUCUUCUGUCCUUUUAUUCAACCCUUUUCUUCUUUCUCUGCUGUGUGUCCUCUAGGAUGCAACCAAACCACUCUUUCCACCUGCACACCCUUACUUCCAGCACACCUUUAACUGGAGGACUGAGUCACAGAUAAUGGUUUCUUUGAAGCCAGGCCCAGCUGUAGCAACAACAGUCAUUAGCCCCUAUCUCCCUCCUCCAUCGGGGAAUCUCCACAGAGUCUCCUCCACCCAGCCAAGCUGGAAGAUGAGGCUGUGGAAGAGUGGGGCAGCCUGUUCCCUCAGCAAACCCUGGGCCUCUAGAGACCUCCCAGAACCCAUUCCAUUUAGUGGCCUCCGAGGGUGGGUGUCCUAAGAUUGUCAGGGAAGGAGGGGAUAGCGGGUGAGAUUCCCCUGAGAGAACUGAUGAGAUGGCUUUCAGGAUAAAAAAUUUCUUGUGACCUCAAGGAAAUGAAUGAGAAGCCAGUUGGCCAAGUCUGGGAAAAUCAUUGGAAGUCCUAGGAUUCUGGGGUUCUCAUACAGAUUCCUGGGGCCAUGGGCAGGGCCAGAGAGGGGAGUCCAAGCUGUGUGGAGUGUGCCCCCUCAGUCAGUAACCUCUCUCUCUCCCCAGGAGCCUCAAAGGCACCAGCAGCGGGCUUGUCAUUGCCCCCUCCACCUACCCCCAUGACCCCACUCCUGGACCCGUCACCCCAGUGGCCUGCAGACCUCAGCUUCUCCCUCUGAACUUCAAGUCUCCAAAGAUCAGAAUACAGGGCAAGAAUGUGGGUUGCAGGGAAAGUCUUGAUCUCCAUGUUCUACUCAGGAGUAGUUUGGGCAUCGCCAUCUCUUCUCCUCUCCCUUUGCAAAGAGGACCCAGAUCUGGCUUCUUUCCCAAGCAGGAGGUGAGGUGUUCUUCAUGUCUCUGUCCUUGAAGGACCUCCUUCCUCAGCCUUUCAUGCUAUUCAUUAUGACUAUCCUGCAAGAAACCUGGUGCCAGGGACUGCCGUGAUGCUGGGCAACCCCCACCAACCAGAUUCCAACACCAGGGAGAGGCAGAUUCAGAAAGAGCCAGUGGUAGGAAUGUUGCCUGUGGAAGGGGGGGCCUUUUGCUACAAUUUGUAACUUAUUUUCUAAAGUCUAUUUUGUAACAAUUUAUUUAAGUUUUAAAAAAAAGGAAAAUUGCACCACCACCACCUUUCCCCCCACCCCCCGCAAAAAAAGAAAUUUUCCAAGUA